AUGUCAGCAACAACAGCACCAAACUCGUUAGUCAUGAACCCAACUUCUAUGUUAGUAGAGAUGAAAAGCUUCAUUCCUUCUUCAUAUACUUUCGAAACAGAAAUCCAGAAGAUAAAGCAGGAACUUCUCCAAGGAGAUUUAGACUGUAGUGCAAAAGAUGAAACAAAUGAACAGUAUCUUUAUGAAAUGCAGGAUAUUAUUGACCAUCUACCUAAACUUCCUGAAAUACAACAACAAAAGCUCACUAUUCCAGAAUUCGAUGAAAUUGAAGUCAGACUGACUGACUCAGUUGAAAUAAAGAAGUUCAUUCGUAAGAUAAACUAUGA